GCGGGCGGCGGGCGGCCGGCCGGGGCGCCCCAUGGGAUGUAGCCCCGGCGGGAGCCCGCGGGCGUCCCGGGGCGGGCUGCGGCGCCCGCCGGCCCGCGCGCCGCUGCUGCUGGGCAUGCUGCUGCUGGGCACCUGCCUGCUGUACUGCCUCUCCGGGCCCUGCCCGCCCCUGGCGCUGGGGGGCGCCGCCGCGCCGGCCCCGCGCCCGCCGCCCCGCGCGCCGCCCGCCGAGGGCCUGCCGGUGGCCGACGGCUUCGGCAGCCGGCGCUUCCCGCAGGCCAUCAUCGUGGGCGUCAAGAAGGGGGGCACCCGCGCGCUGCUCGAGUUCCUGCGCGUCCACCCCGACGUGCGCGCCCUGGGCGCCGAGCCCCACUUCUUCGACCGCGGCUACGAGAAGGGCCUGCGCUGGUACAGAAACCUGAUGCCGAGGACGCUGGAGGGGCAGAUUACCAUGGAGAAGACUCCAAGCUACUUUGUGACAAAGGAAGCCCCACGGCGCAUUUACAACAUGUCCAGGGACACCAAGCUGAUCGUGGUGGUUCGCAACCCGGUGACGCGGGCCAUCUCGGACUACACGCAGACCCUGUCCAAAACCCCCGCCAUCCCCAGUUUCCAAGCCUUGGCCUUCAAGAACCUUAGCACGGGCCUGAUUGACACCACCUGGAGUGCUGUGCGGAUUGGCAUUUAUGCCAAGCACCUGGACAAUUGGCUGCGAUAUUUCCCUUUAUCGAAAUUUCUCUUUGUCAGCGGGGAGAGACUAGUGAGGGACCCGGCUGGGGAGAUGGGCCGCGUCCAGGACUUCCUGGGUCUCAAGAGGGUGGUGACAGACAAGCACUUCUACUUCAACGAAACCAAGGGCUUCCCGUGCCUGAAGAAGCCGGAAGGGAGCAGCCGGCCACGGUGUCUGGGCAAGUCCAAGGGGCGGCCACACCCCAAAAUUGACCCACAGGUCAUCCAGCGCCUUCAGGAGUUCUACCGGCCCUUCAACAUGAAGUUCUAUCAGAUGACGGGACAGGACUUUGGGUGGGACUGAUCUCAGAAACACUUCACAGAAGGUGGAGAUGGAGCCCACUGUGGGGGCCUGGGCAGUGGCCCACUUAGCAGAGCCACAGAAACCCCAUUUCCUUCCCUUUUGAAUGCUGGAGCGUUCGCAGCUCUGGGGCAAGGCUGUUGGAUCUCCACAGGGCGUUCCUUUUUCUUUCUAAUUUAUAUUACCUCUUCCCUGUAAGAGAGAAAUGUACACUUGUGGAAUAGAGAGAAAAUAUUUAAGAUUUUUUAAAAAAAACAGCAAAGCAAAGCAAACUCAAGAUCCAAUGAAAUGGCAUUCAGAAUAAAGCUGGCUAAUAGA